AUGGAUUCAGUAGAACAACUUACCGAGGUAUUUAGCAAUAUUGGGUUCGAAGAACCAAAGAUUAAGGAAAUAUUGAAGAAUAAGAAGGUUUCUCAUUCUUUAGAGACUUUAAUAAAGAAUGCGCCAUCAGAUUUCAACUGGGAUAAAAGCUCUAGGGCUCUUUUACAUACCUUAGCGUCUUUUUUGAAAGGUUCUGAGCUGUCCAAUCAAAAUUUGAUUGUUCAAGGAAUUGUCAAGGGGGAUUUGAAGACAGUGUUGCAAGUUGAUGCGGCUUACAAGUAUGUCAAGAGAGCAAGUGAGAAUGCAUCUUUGGAUGAGAUGAACGUAGAAAGUGGAGUUGGUAUUGAUGUUAGUGAAGAAGAGGCAACGCGGCAUGUUGUCAACUACCUAGAAGCAAACAAGGAGAGGGUUAUUGCGGAAAGGUAUAAGUUGGUGCCAAGUAUCUUUGCUGAGGUUAAAAGCCUUCCAGAAUUGAAAUGGGCGGAGCCUCGUUUGUUUAAGGCAAUCAUAGACCGUGAGGUUUUGAAGCUGUUGGGACCCAAGGACGAGAGAGAUGUUGUGAAGAAAGAAAAGAAGAAAAAGGGGUCCAAAAGUGGGGGGGACAAGGGAAAUGUUUCCGUAGCGGGCGGUACAGCUGAGGGUACUAAGAGAACAAUGUUUACAGAAGGGUUUCUGGGAGAUCUCCACAAGGUUGGAGAAAACCCACAGGCAUAUCCGGAACUAAUGGAGGAGCACUUAAAAGCUACUGGAGGUAGGGUGCAGACAAGAUUUCCCCCGGAACCGAAUGGGUAUUUGCACAUUGGUCAUUCGAAGGCCAUCAUGGUUAAUUUUGGUUAUGCAAAAUACCACAAUGGUAUCUGUUAUUUGAGAUUCGAUGACACUAAUCCUGAAGCUGAAGCUCCAGAGUAUUUUGAAAGUAUUGAGAGGAUGGUUACUUGGUUGGGGUUUAAGCCAUGGAAGAUUACAUAUUCCAGUGACUAUUUUGACCAACUGUAUGAUUUAGCUGAGGUCUUGAUCCAAAACAACAAGGGAUAUGUGUGUCACUGUACAGGAGAGGAGAUCAAGCGUGGGCGUGGUAUUAAGGAAGAUGGCACUCCAGGUGGUGAAAGAAAGUCAUGUAGUCAUCGUGAAAGGUCCAUCACUGAAAACCUAGCUGCAUUCAGAAAGAUGAGGGAUGGUUUUUAUAAACCAGGGGAAGCCAUUUUAAGAAUGAAGCAAGAUUUAAAUUCUCCGUCACCUCAAAUGUGGGAUCUUAUUGCCUACAGAGUCUUGGACGCUCCCCAUCCAAGAACAGGCUCGAAGUGGAAAAUCUACCCAACUUAUGACUUUACCCACUGUUUGGUGGAUUCUUUCGAAAAUAUUACCCAUUCCCUAUGUACCACUGAAUUUUACCUAUCAAGAGAAUCCUAUGAAUGGCUCUGUGACCAGGUUCACGUUUUUAGGCCAGCCCAAAGAGAAUACGGUAGGCUGAAUAUUACGGGUACCGUCUUAUCCAAGAGAAAAAUUGCAAGGUUGGUUAAUGAAAAAUACGUCAGAGGCUGGGAUGACCCUCGUUUAUUCACUUUAGAAGCAAUUCGUAGGCGUGGUAUCCCCCCUGGAGCUAUAUUGUCAUUCAUCAAUACUUUGGGUGUCACAACCACCACUACAAACAUUCAAGUUGUCAGGUUCGAAAGUGCUAUCCGAAAGUACCUGGAAGAUACAACGGCAAGAUUGAUGUUCCUAUUGGACCCAAUCGAGGUAGUCGUCAACAACCUACCAGAAGACUACCAAGAGUUAGUCACCAUACCAUACAGACCAGGCACUCCUGAAUUUGGUGACAGAACAGUUCCCUUUACCAAGCGCUUCUACAUCGAACGGACUGAUUUCUCCGAAAAUACCGCCGAUAAGGAAUUCUUUAGAUUAACACCUAACCAAUCUGUGGGCCUGAUUAAGGUCCCUUACACGGUCGCCUUCCAAUCUCUGGAAAAGGACGCCCACGGUAACAUUGUUAGGAUCCACGUCAACUACGAAAAUGAUACACCAAACAACAAACCUAAAAAACCGAAAACUUACAUCCAAUGGGUCCCCAUCUCUCCUGCACACAACUCUCCUGUUAGAAUCGCAGAAACUAGAGUCUACAACCAAUUGUUUAAAUCUGAAAACCCAUCAGGAGAUCCCGCUGACAUCUCCCCGGACAGUGAAAUAAUCUACAAAACAAGCGUUGUGGAACAUAAUUUCCGCCACGUGAUCAAAAAUUCUCCAUGGGUAGUUGAUACCACCAGGGAAUCCGAAUUCUACGUUGACGAGCCACAUGCCUCCAACGAAGUCUGCCGCUUUCAGGCCAUGAGAGUAGGUUACUUCACCCUUGACAAAGACUCUACCGAUGAUGAAAUAAUAUUGAAUAGAAUUGUCAGCCUGAAAGAUGGUUCAAAGUAA